AUGAUGGAUACACUAAAUUCGAGCCCACCGAUGCUGUCUGUCGUCCGGCACGGGCGGAGUGAAAAAGCGGAUGAAAGUCGUCCUAUUGCUGAACUUCAAAUGGGUGUUUUUAAAAGAUACUAUUCGGAUAUCUUAUACGAAAUGUUAAUACUAACACUGAAUAAAUAUGUUGUGAAGAAAAAAAAAUCAGUUGUUGUUUCUUGA